AUGUGUCCAAAACAAAGAACAGUUCAUUACAACAUGUUGAAAUUAGUGUGCAUCUUUCUUGUUUUAGUCGUCUUGGUUGUCAACAGUCAUCCUCAUGGUGGUCGUAAACCUGGACAUGGAGGACAGCAUGCAACAGAUCACUCCGAAGGUGACUCAAAGGAAUGCGGAGAACAUCGCAAACAUCCAGGUCACCCAGGAAAACCAAAUGGUCCAUGUCAUCAUAAGCCAAAACCUACUCGUCCAACAAAGCCCACAUUAGCAACACCACCACCAACUGAUGCACCAACACCACCACCAACCAACGCACCAACACCACCACCAACCAACGCACCAACACCACCACCAACCAACGCACCAACAACUAUCGACCCAUAG